AUUGGGUAGUUUUGUUGUGAUUGAGUAAUGGCAAUUGACACCUUAUUCUAAGAAGCAAUGGUUUGUGAAGUUAUUACUAUAAACCCUAGACAAACGAAGCUAACGAAUUUUGGUAAGAACAGGGUCGUAACCUGUCGUGUGCUUAACUUAUUAUAAUUGUAUACUACUAAUUACUAAUCGAAGUGGCUAUAGGUACCCGAGUACCCAUCAUCGCCAAUGACUGUUCGCACCCGAAAGUCUUAGUAAUCGAAAAAAAACAUGAUCCGAACCAGAGGCUUAAUAAUCGACAAGUUUGCCGCGCUUUCUUUUAUAAAAAUGGAGGUUGGCAGCAUUUUUAACACCUAUGCGUCUUUUGAAGACGAAUUGAAUUAUUUUUGUAAAGAACACAAUGUGUGUUUCACUAAAAGAUCGUCAGAGAAGAUGAAAGAUCCCAAUUUGGAACACCUUAAAUAUGAAUAUAUAAUUCACUGUUGCAAACAAGGCGUUAAACGCAAGUCAAAGUCUUCAACGACAACUCAACAGGCCAAAGAAAAUCACAGGCCACAAGCGUAACUUGUAAGUAAUAAAGUAAUGAUAAUAGGUUAACUUUAAAUUUAGUUGGUCUCGUCAUGUAAUAAUUCUUUCUCCAAGCCAAUGAUUAUUACCACGGUAAAUGUAGAGGACGAAUGCCACUAUUUUAUCGAUGGCCGCGACUAAUGUAUCCCUAAAUCGAUCACUAUACUAUGCUAUGCCUAUGCCUAACCUGAACUUCAACCCUAAAUCGACCUCUCAACCUAACCUAAACCCUAAUUCACUGCAACUAUAAUAAAGAAGCAAAUGACGCAGUGGCAUUUGUGCUCUACAUUACCUUACCACUUUUGGCAAUUCGUUGAGAAUUUUUAUAUUUUCAGUUCUUUCAAAUUGGGAUGCCAGGCAAAGAUAAAGCUUGUUGCCAAGAGAAAUCCAUCUCGGCUAGAAAUCACCAAAUCAAUGCAUGAACAUACUGGCCAUGAAGUAUCAAAAGAAGUAAGUGCAUGUGCUGCGAAAAAUAUUUACAUAAUAAUAAUAAAUAGCUUAUUCUUGUGGCAGGUUGUUGUCACCUACAGGUACUCUAGUCUCUAGUACUAUAGAGUUUAGAUGGAUGCAUUUUAAAAGAAUGUUUUAUACCAUUCAUUAACCCAUUCAAUCUAGGGCGCUCAGAAAUUUUAUCACUGAAAACUUUUGGUUAAGGUUAAGGUUACCACCCUUACCAUAGAAAGGUUUUGAAACAAAUUAAGACAAAUCUAUUUAACAGUAUAAUUAAAUUUAAUAAAUUCUAAAUAUUCCAGACAGAGUUUAAAUCUUAAUUUUGAUUAUUGUGACAUAUAAUAAACAUAAAGCAUUUAUCCCCAAGGUAAAGGUUAGUUAUUUUUAUGUACACAGCGGUGAGCCCAGCCCUAGGCUGGGAUACCGCACUAUAUAAGAUCAAUGUUCCCUCUAAGGUUUGUUGUUUUGUGUGCAAAAUAAUACAGUUAUGUGCAAAGUUUUACAGCAUCAAUUUUUUUGUGUGCAAAAUUUUACAGUCCAGAAACACAAACACACACUUAGAAUGAAAUUUGCUGUGCGGAUACUCCAAACUGCUGCGCAGCGCCUGUGAGAUGGCUGCACGGCAGCGCAGCUUAAAGGGAACCUUUUAUAAGACCACUAAUAAUAAUAAUGUUUGCAGAGUAUAUUUUUUUACAUAAUACUUAUUAUUGCAAAGUAACCUUUGUGUAUUUUUUUUCCAGAUGUGCCGCUUGUAUCCGGAAAACCGCAAGGUGGAACUAAAUGCGGCAACGCUUCUGUUGAUGUCCUGCACCACGAUUCAGGCAUCUGAGGCCCGGCAAGUGCUUGAACAACAGCAUGAUGUGGAUUUGCUUCCCAGGGACAUUUACAAUAUUAAGUCAAGAAUAAAUAAAUCAUCUUCUGAUGCAACUGAAACUCAAUCUAUACUUCAUUCUAUAUCACAAGCUGGUGGAAGUGUGUCCUAUGGACUAACAGAAAGUGGGGAAUUUAAGUAUUUAUCAUACAUGACUGAUGAUAUGAUUAGAAUUAUUGCCCAAUAUCCAGAGGUUUUAUUAAUGGAUUUCACAUAUAAAACCAAUAAAUAUUUAUAUCCACUUUUGACUGUAAUGGUUAUUGAUGGAGAGGGCAGGGGCAUUCCUGUUCUUCAUGGUUUUGUAAAAAAUGAAGAUAAGGAAUCUAUUUCUCUUUGUUUGCAGCUUCUUCUGAAGAAUUCUGAUGCCAGUCUUUUCAAGUGCUUUGUGGUUGACAAAGACAUGGCUGAAAUCUCUGCUAUAAAUGAUCUCUUUCCAAAUGUACCUGUUAAUCUAUGUCAUUUUCACAUUAACCAGGCUGUGCACAGGUUUCUUUCGAAACAUGUAGGUCCUGAGCAUGUUAAGCCAAUUCUUGAAGGAUUUAUGUCUCAAGUUUAUACCGAGUCGUGUGAUGAAUUUUUAAAGUUGAUGCAAGACAUGAAAGAUACUCUUCCUGAUGUAGCUUUGGAGUAUUUUGAGUCGAACUGGUGGAGUAAGGCCCAUUUAUGGGCAGCAUCAUCCAAUGCUGAUGUUUUAAGACUCCAUGCGACAACAACAAAUCACUUGGAGUCUUAUCAUGCCAAAAUAAAAAAGAGUUUGACUCAUUAUCUUUCUUUUUCAUCUGCUCUUCGUAACCUUAUGUCUUUUGACAACUGCAAAAUUACAGUAUGUGAUCGUUUAAGAUUGCUUGCUGCAAACACAGCUCAGUAUACGUCAUCUGAUAAUGAUGAAAGUGUAAAUAAGAUUGAAAGUGUUGCUACUUCCUUUGCUGCUGCUCUAUUGCUCAAUCAGCUCAAAUUGUCACAAUCUGUUCCGUACUCUGUUGUCCCUGGAGAGGCAGAACUUUUUUCAGUAGCUUAUAAGGAACGUAUUUUUAGCUCAACAUCAGUUCAAUGUAAUUGUUCAUUUGCUAAAAAGAUGGCAUUACCUUGCAGACAUAUUUUUUCAGUUCGAAGACAUUUACAGCUUCCAGAAUUUUGUUCAGAGUUAAUUCCAUGCCGUUUUAGCAAACAUAGUGUUCCUAGAGUGGUUGCUUCUACUUCUAGUGGUUCAGUAACUUCUCAAAUUGUAUCUACUAGAAACAAUAAUUUUAAGACUCAAGAGGGUCGGUUUAAUCAUGCUAAAAGAAUUUGUAUGGGCUUGGCAAAUUUUUUGGCGAUGCAAGGAGAACAAGAUUUUGUAGAGAAAAUAUCCUUUCUUGAAACUACUAUAAGUCUCUGGAAAAGUCCUGAAAAUUUAGAUGAAAAUGAAUCGGGGUCACAACUUGAUGAAGGUGAACCACAAACAAGUUUCAUUCAAAGUCAACUAAUUGAUUUUGUUGAUAUAAAUGACAUUCAUUUUUCCCACGAGGAAACAGUUGCUGCAAAUAAUUUAGAAAAAAUUGAAACUGAAAAUAGUAUUAAUUCCUUUGGGAAGCUUAACUUUGACAGAGUUCGCCCAAAGGGGCGACCGAAGGUAAAGCAAAAUUUUACCCUGAAAAGAAAAAGAUAGCUGCCCCAACAAUUUUCCACUACUUGUAUAAAAUAAAUAUGUGAAUGUUUGUAAAUAAAUGGCUGUCGCUAUUCAAACCCGGGUCCAAUAGACCAAUGCUAUUCGGAUGUCAUUUGUGGUAAUUUAUUUUAGUUAAUGUUCCUUUAGUUAAACUGAAGAAUUAAGUUAACAAACAUAUAGUCCAUUCAAUUAUCUUUCAUUUGAUACCAAAUUUUGUCUUACAACCUAACAAUAAUUUUUUGGGAUGUGUUCAUGAUGUAUGCAUCAAUGUUGUUUCAGUGUCUUUUUCAGCUUUUAUAGAUAUAGCAUUUUCAUUAUAUAUUUUUUCUGACAUCAAUUGAUGAAUCAGGACGAAUAGUUUUGGAACUACAUAAUUGAAACUUUGCAUGCUUAUUUAAAUUGAGAUUCUUUACUUUAUGAUGGAUUGUUUUUAAACAAAUGUCUCAUAGGAAAAGUUUUCAGAGAAUGUUUGUAUUUAUGCAUUUUAUUUAUUAGGUUCGUGUGUUAAUUUUUUUUCCUAUCUUUUCUGUCUUAGUUUUCUAAUUGUUUUUUAAAUCAUGAAGGAUAUAUGUACAUGGUGUAUGCAUCCUAUAUCGUUCAUGCAGCCUCUAAUUUAAAAAAGCACAAUUUUAUUUUAUUUAUUUUUUUCAUUUUUCUCAAUUUUGCAUUUUUUGGAACGCCAAAUGAAUCGGGAGGAAAAGUAUUCUAGCUACAGCCUUCAAACAUUGCAUGCUUCUUUUCAUUGAUAUUCUUUACGAAAUUCAAGAGCUUUUUUUUAUAUAUAUAUAUAUAUAUAUAUCCAACUAGAAAGUUUUAUAACAUUUUUACAUUUGCUACCCCUGAAGAGUUCUCAAAUAUUUAUGUGACCCCCACAUACAUGCCAUUUGUAACAAUUCCAAUAACUGCUGUGUAAUAAUCUUCUUUAAACUUUUUGUCAAUGUUAUUCUUAAUAUGUAUGCCAAGUUUCAUUUACAAUACAGUACAAUAAUUUACAAUACAAUGCAAUACAAAUUUGUUUUUAAUCAUUUUGCGUAAAGUCAAAAUUGGUAUUAAAUGUUUAAUUUUUUGCAAUAAAAGUCACAACAAUUUUUUUUUAAAUUUAGUGGAUUUUUGUCUUUCUGUUUGUGUAUGGUUUGUAUGUACUGUAUUUUUUUCAAUGGCUCUAUUUAUUUAGGUUAUCAGUAUUUUAUUUUCAAUGUGGCAUGACUUAGUUGCCUUGAAACCAAACUCCCUUCACAGAUCACAUAUAUUUGCUCCCACUCAAUCAUUACGUCUGUACUUAAAUGAAGAAAUGAUACCGUACAAACAAUAGUUAACUGUACGGGUACCAACAAGGAAGGUGAGAAAGUAAAAGGAGACAAAUGGCAAAGGAAUGAUGUGACCUAAUUGAAUGAGUUUAAUGGCUGCCUACUCCAUACUGGCCCCUAAUUUAUUUUAUGGAUUACUUGGUUAAAAAAAAAAAAGACUAGUCCUCCAAAAAUAAGUCUCCUUCUCAUACUUUAUACAAUGGCAUCCUUUAACUUUAAGAUGUUCAUUGCAACUACCUUGUGAAUUAGGUCAAGUCAAAUGAGAAAGGUUGUUGAAAGGAGAUUCAAGAUAUCAGGAAUAACAGUUAGUGUCCGCAUGUAUGACUCCCAGUGCCAAGGAAAAGGUUUAAAAUUGGUGGUUUUGUUCUGACUAAGCCAAGCUCUCUUAGAGGAAUAGUUGAAAUAAAUUCAUUAUGAAUGAAAUUUUCAUUAUUUAGAAUACCUAAUUAAAUCAUAAAGUACUGUGUGAUUAAAUCUUUUAAGUUAAACAAUACACAUAAAUAGUCUUAAAUAAAGGAUUUAAUUUUAAUAAUUAAAUUAAUAUUAUUACUUUUCUAAAAUUCAAAUAAAAACAACAAAUGUAUCUAAAUCAUCUUCAUUACUAGAUUUUAAAAAAAAAUAAUUGAUCUCCGAAAAUGGCUUAAACUAAAAAAAAGAAAAUAAGAAAGAAAAAAAAUCUACCUGUACUAAGAGAAAUUAACAAAGCAAAAAUAAAAAAACAACUAAAAAUAAUAAAACUAUGAAUCAAUCAAAUAAACAAGGAGAAAAAACAAUUUCAAAAAAUAAUUCUCAUACUAUUAUUGUUAUCACAUUCGGCUCCGAAGCCAUUUAAUAUGUACGAAGCCACUCCGGGUGCGAAUUGUCAUUGGCGACCAUAGGUACCCGGGUACCUAUAGAUGCAGCCAUUACUAAUAAUUAUUAGCAGUGAAAGUCAACAUUGAUUUUAAUUUUUUCCUUGUUUGGCUUUGUAUCGCACUGAGAAUGCUACUUUAUACCAAUUACGGUAUUUUAUGAUGGGCUGUUCUUUACUACUUAUAGCUACAAUUUUGUAAUAAAUAUUUUGUAUAUAUUUUUAGACAAAUAUGAAGGCAUUUCAACCACACUUUCUUUUGCCUGUGAGAUGUUUCAGCCUCAGUGCCGUUACUAAGUUUAAAAAUAAAUUGAUUCACUCCCCUCAAGUGACUCUGCCUCUUAACUUUAUCCAUGGGCUCCGAGUUGAUGGAGGAGGGGGAAAUACCUUUCCACUCACAGCACCUGCAACAGGUUUGUAUUUUAAUACAGAAAACUUCUGUCAUAUCCCAAUUUACAUCUUGUAUAAAGUCAAAAGAGUGUGAGUGUCAUGAACUAUUGAUCAAGUUAUUGGAUUUCCUAUAUAUUUAUUAUUUACAAGUUGGCUCUUUCUUGAUAUGCAUCGCAUAUUGCCUCUGAAUUCAAAGGUACAUGUAAUCAAUCAAUAGGGAAUUAAGUUUACCACUAUAUAACUAAACACUGAAGUACUAAUAUAUAAAGAUACUAAAUUUACUGCUUUAUUUUAACAAUGUUGCUCAUCAAUGAUUUGUUUUGAUAUCUAUAAAGGCAUAUUUGACUUCAUGAUAUUUUAGUGGACGUUUAACCCCCCACCCGCAUGCAUGGUUGUGCCAAGAAUAGCUUUGAUUUGAUUAAUUUUAAGACUUUUUUUAAAAAAAUAUUUUAAUUUUGCAUUGUCAAAUUCAUCUUUAUAAAAAAUAUAUUCAUAAGUAAAAUCUUAUCUCCUUUUUAAAAAAGAAAAUAAUAAAAAUUUAAUAAAAAAUAAUUUCAUGAAUUUAUUAAUACCUACAGGUAAAACUUUAAGAGAAGUAUCAAAUUCUAAUAAAAAGGAUAUUGAUGAUGCAGUUAAGGUGGCAAGACACUCAUUCAAAGUCUGGUCUAGAUGGUCUGGAUUUGAGAGGGGUCAAGUACUGAGAAAAGCUGCAAUUAUAAUGAAGGUAAUUUGCAGCACAAGUGCAGGGCCUGUGCAGAUCUAUGAUUAGAUACCAUAAGGCUUUAAAAACAAUGACAUGUGAGAUGAGGGAAAAUGUUGGUGAAUUUACUCACUAAAUUUCUCCCUGCAAAACACAUAAUUAAAAUUGGUCUAUGAAUGCCAUAUGAAGGAUGCUAAAAUGCUUUUUUUUUUAAUGCUUUCAAUGCAGGUUAAAAAUAUAAUAAAAGUCCAUUUUGAAAUUAUCUCAUAUGUUUGUUGCGUCUCUUACUUAUAAUAUUUUUCAUUUAUUGCAGAACAGACUUGAAGAAUUGGCAUAUACUGAAGUUCUUGAUACAGGGAAACCAAUAUGGGAGGCUCGUCUUGAUGUGCUGGGUUGUGCUCAAACCAUCGAUUACUUUGGUGGUUUGGCACCAACCAUUACAGGUACACAAAGAGGGGAAGUUAUAUUUAUAUCAUGAUAAAGUUUUUUAAAACUUUAAAUAUUAUUUUUUAUCUAGCUAUUAAUUAUUAAAAGGUCAAAUUGAUGUAACUAUUUAUUUUAUUAGGUGAUUUUCAAAGAGUCUCUGAUGAAAGCUUUGCAUACACAAUAAGGGAACCUUUAGGUGUUGUUGGAGCUAUUGGUGCAUGGAAUUAUCCUUUACAGAUGGCCUCUUGGAAAUCAGCACCAGCUUUAGCCUGUGGUAAUACAGUUGUUUUUAAGCCAUCACAACUCACACCGCUUACAGCAGUUAUGUUGGGAGAGAUUUAUCAAGAGGCCGGGCUUCCAGAUGGAUGCUAUAAUGUUGUACAGGCAAGUUCCAUUAACAAAAAUUUUUUUUAAAAAUUAGUAAUUAAUAUGAACUCCAAAAAAGCUUAAAUGCAUUUUUUUUUAAUUUAACAGGGAGAGGCAGAGACAGGUCAGUUGCUCUCUUCACAUCCAGACAUUAACAAGAUUUCUUUUACAGGCAGUGUUGCAACAGGUUCAAAGAUCAUGGCAAUGUGUGCAGAGGUAAAUGCGUUUUCGCUUUAUUUUAUUAAUGGAAGAUUUCCUUUGAUUUAGACUUUUCAAAAUUGAACGUGUUUUUUUUUAUAAAAUAAUUUUCCACAUUAUAUUGCAUUCAUGAAAAGUUCUUUAACUGCGAGUAAAAUUUUUGGAAAUUUUAUUUUUAACUCUUUCGCUGCGGCGCAACGCACAGCGCGUUCAUCCGCAGUUCUGAAAAGCACGGAUCAACGCGCUCUGCGCUGUUUCAAUAUCAUGUUUGUUUCUUUGCUAUUUCUCGUUUAAACUUUUUAAGAGCUAUUUUUAAAUAAGAAUUUUACAUAGGAGAGUGGUACUUCAUUGUUUAAAAGCGAAAUCAAGGUUUAUUUGUUGUUAUUCGAAGCAUUAUUUUAAUUAUUUUCUUCGCUAUUUUUUCUACUGUUGCUAUGGCUACUCUAGGCCCUAGUAGCUGAGUAAGUUUCCUAGACGAUUAACAGCUCAAAAAGUUUUGGAAUUGUUUUAUACUAAUUCUUUUGAUAGUGAAGAUGAUUUAUAUUUAGAUCCAUCACAUGAUUCCGAUAGUAGUAGUUUUAGAGGAUUUGAGUUAUAGAAGUGAAGAUGAGAUAUGUGUACAACAUAGGGUUUGGGGGAAAAUGGUUUAGCAUAUAAUGUUUUCACAUUUUAUGGUUCUUUUCUGUAACUUAUUUUACUUAAACUGAAGAAAUAAGUUUACAAACAUAUAGUCCUUUCAAUUAUCUUUCAUUUGAUACCCAAUUUAGUCUUAUAAACCAAAAAAUUAUAUUUUUUAAUAAAUCCAACCUCUCAUUCUUUUUUGCUCUUUUAAAAAAAUGUACAUUUUUUCUAUAAAAAAAUUCCUCAGCAAAAGAGUUAAUAUUUUUGUGUUUUUUUUAAAGGGUGUGAAACAUGUAACGCUUGAGCUAGGAGGAAAAUCCCCACUCAUAAUAUUUGCUGAUGCUCAUCUAGACAAUGCUGUGAAGGGAGCAAUGUUGGCUAACUUUAGUAACCAGGGACAGGUAAUCUCAAUCUAUUAUCACAAAAAUAAUGGCCCUUUAACUCUCCAAUACCACUAAAUCAAAUCACAUGUAAUAUAAAAUUUUAAUUUCCAGAUAAUUUUCAAACGCUGAAUCUAAAUUAAAGGUUUUCCCAUUCUCACUGCAUGGAACUAGUACCCCAAAAUCCCACUAUGCUGGCCAACCGCCCUACUCAAGCAAAAGGCAUCCCAUAAGCUCCCAAAAACACAAAAAACACCCCCCAACUUCCCCCUCUAUCCUUGACCACCCCAAAAAUGCAAACCUCCACCUACUUAAUAUCAACUGCCAAAGCAUAGAAUCAAAGAGACAAGAGCUCGCAGCCAUAAUACAAUACAUCAAGCCCGACAUAAUAUGUGGAACAGAAUCAUGGCUCAGAGGCAUAAAACCAUCAGGAGUUCCACAAGGCACAGUGCUGGGUCCCCUUCUCUUUCUGUCACAUAAACGACCUACCCGAUACAGUAAAUUCUCACGUGCAGCUGUUCGCUGACGACUGUCUUAUCUACAGAGAGAUAAACAGCAACAAUGACCACAACCACCUCCAAACAGAUUUGAAGUGCCUUUUGAAUUGGGCAGGCAAAUGGGGCAUGAAAUUUAAUGAAACCAAAUGCUACACUAUGACAAUCUCAAGAAAAAAAACAUCAACUCAUAUUUACUCACUAAACGAGACAAUCCUCCAAGUAACCAAUAGUCCAUACCUUGGAAUUCUCUUCUCAAAUAACCUAAAAUGGUCACCCCAUAUAAACAAAAUUUAAAAAAAAGCCAACUCCACCCUAGGUUUCAUCCGAAGAAAUCUGCGCCACUGCCUAACUUCCUGCAAACAGAAUGCCUAUCUCGCACUCGUCCAUCCACUACUGGAAUAUGGUGCAAUCAUCUGGGACCCACACCUUAAGCAAGAUGUGGACACGAUGGAGCGAAUUCAACGUAAUGCAGUGCGUUUUAUCGCUCGCGACUACAAAGCCACCACUCCUGGCUUCGUCACUGGUCUCUUAAAAAGAUUUGACAUCCCGCCCCUUAAAGACAGACGAGAGGGACUCCGCCUGACAUUCUUAUAUAAAGUGAUCAUGGGACAAUCUUUCUUCCCAUGCACAAUAAUAGCAUGGAACAACCUAAACGAUGCCACUGUGAACUCGACAUCAGUCAAAAGCUUCAAGGCUGCCCUGGCAUCAGCUAGGAGCUGUUAGAAUAGCAACAUCAUACCCCCAACCGUUGCAAAGAUGCCAGUACAUGGAUGCAGCAACGAAACAUUACCAGAACCAGAAUAUUUUACAUCUAAUUUAAAAAGAAUGAAAUCUUCUGUUUAAAUUACUUGUGGAAACUACAGAGGUUAAUUGGAUGCUACUGGGAAAAUAUGAGCCAUUUGUUCUUUUCCAUGUUUUCAAUUGUGAAAAUUAUAGCAAUUUAACCACUAUUCUGUUCUUGUCGACGAGCAUGGAGGAUGCCAACAAUAUAUGGUCAGAAAUCAUUGCUUGAUAUCAAUUCGGUAAACCUAGAUGAAUCUGAUGAUCCUUUUUUUUUUUUAAUUGUGGGCCAGAGUAAAUUUUUCUUAAUUAGACUGGAAGUUAUCAAGGUAAUUAAAAAGAAGUAUACUAAAAAGAGGAAGGGUAAUUAAAUUAUGUUUAAUGUUCAUCUGACUUAAAUUAUCACUGUUAUCUGGUAAAAGAAACAGAAAGGGAUAGCUGUAUAGAUUAAAUUUUAUGUGGGAAAAAACAUUUUAAAAUUUAUGUUUAAUUGUGCUACAAAAGCCAAUUGGAAAUUUUUAAAAAUAUAUCAAUCAGCAUCCUUUCUGUGAGUUUAAGCUAGACCCUAAACUGUGAACAUGUUUAAUUAAGAUUUAAAUUAAUUUAAUAAAUUUGUUUUGGUUCAUACCAACAAUAAUUUUUCCCAUUUUUGCAAUUUUAUACUACAAUGAUCAUGUUAAUUAGACCUUUACUGGCCUCGAUUAGCAUUUUCUAACACUUUAUUAGUUUAAUCUGAAGAGACAGAAAAUCAUUUUAGCUUUUAAAAAAAUGGAUGUCUUUUUUACUGAAAAAUCUAGGGUACAAAGGGGUUAAGGCAAUCGAAGACAUACUUUUAUUAAAUUUAUAAAUUUGACAUUUUAAAAAAAAAAUUAACAUUAACAUUUUAGGUAUGCUCAAAUGGAACUCGGGUGUUUAUUGAAGAAUGCAUUGCUGAAGAAUUUCUUACAAAAUUGAUAAGCAGAGUAAAAAAAAUGAAAAUAGGAGACCCUAAUUGUGAUGGUACUACAGUUGGUGCGACCAUUAAUGAAAAUCAUGCAAAAAAAGUCUUAGCAUAUAUUGACAUAGCUAGAAAAGAGGUGAGUGCCUUGGAAUGCUGAUCCAACUGAUCUUUAAUUUAAUUAAUAUAAUAAAAUAUUAAGAAAUCAUAAUAAGAAGUAAAAAAAAGCAGAUUUCUAAUUUGAAAGUUUAAAAAAAUAUUUCAUGUUUAAAAAAAAUAGGAAUAUGGAUGUAAUCUUAGUUUUUAGCCUAUUAUUUUAGGGUGCGACAGUGGCAUAUGGAGGAGAACGUGUUGAAAUGGAGGAUCCUAACCUUGCAGGAUACUACUUAAGACCAUGCAUAUUAACCAAUUGCAAAGAUGAAAUGACUGUUGUUAAGGAAGAGAUAUUUGGAGCAGUAAUGUCUGUGCUAACAUUUAGAUCAGAGGAGGAAGUUUUGAAAAGAGCUAACAAUACAGAAUUUGGUUUGGCUGGUGGUGUGUUUACAAGGUUAGUAGAUAACAUCUUAUAUCCACGUCCUUAAAUGUUACUUCCUCUUAGAUGAUUUAUUUACAUACUUCAAAUAUAACAUAAUGGAACUUAAUUAAUGCAAAAUUUAAUUUCAUUACUUUUCAGAGACUUGCAGAGAGCUCACAGGGUUGUAUCAAAUAUUGAGGCAGGAUCUAUAUAUGUAAAUAACUACAAUAUCUACCCAGUAGGCAUUCCUUUUGGUGGCUACAAGAAAUCAGGCAUAGGGAGAGAAAAUGGAGCUGAUACACUUAAGUAUUAUACUCAGAUUAAAUCGGUCUAUGUUGAAGGAGGCGAUGUUGAAUGUCCUUAUUAGUUAUUUCUUAUUCAACUACACCCAACAUAACUUAAAUAAUUAAAGGAUAAUGAAAUUUAAACGCACACAAUACACAUAAAAUUAAUUUUUGGAUUUACCUAUUGAAAUUAUGUUAAAAAUUGAUGCAAAAAUGUAAUGAACCAAUAAAUUAUUGUUCACUAGAAUAUUUUGCUUUAUGCAGGUAUUUUAUUUUUAUUUCAUAUUAUUACUUAAUUUUAGAUAAAACUUAGCGGUGUUUUUCAGAUUAAAUAAUCUCAUAAUAUUAAAUCCCUGCAUGCAAUCAACAUAAUAUUAAAAAUAUCCACUUAUUUUAACAAAAACAUUAAGACUAGAUAGAACACCUAAUUUCAAAGGAAUUCAGUAUGUUCAAUAUUUAAAUUGAAUACUCAGUAAUGACUAAUAAAAUUAAAACUUACACAAUAGCCUUGCAGUGGCUUAGCAUAUGUGCUUGAAUCGAUCUUUUAAAUGGUAUAAUUUUAUUAGUAUACAUGCUACAAUUGUAAGAAAAUAUGUUCUUGGAAGUUGUGCAAAAUGCUUAAGAAACACUGCUUUCCAACAGUUUGGAGUACCUAAUAUAAAAUAUUACUUCAGCUUGUUACCUUGAUGCUCUCUUUUCAGUUCUCCUGGAUUUUUUGUUUGUUGGUCUUACAUGCUGUUUCUAUGAAACAAGAUCAAUGCAUUCUUUUUAAAUUUAAAUGUUAACGUUUUCUUAACAAAUUCAAAACUCAAUGUUUAUGUUAAUUUGUUAUGAUACAUAAUAUGUUAUAUGCAAAGUGUAAACAAGUCAUUGGGAGCAUUGUUUAUUGGAAUAUCUCCAAAGAAAUGGUAAAAGUUUGAUAAAACUUUCAAAUAAAACAAUUGUUCAUCAAUGGGUUGUGUAAUUGUUUUACUUAUAUCAUGUAAAAAAAUAAAAAGAAGACUUGAUAAAAAGUAUUUAUCAUUUAAUGCAUUUUUGACAAUGGGACAAAAGUAUUUCAUUUUCUCUUUUCUUUUGUUUUUACCUCUCUUCCACUUAAAAAAUAGAUGUACAAAAACAUUAUUAAUACUCAUAAAUAACACAUUAUAUUCAUACCCUAUUUGAAUGCCAAUUAUAACAUUGUAUUUAAAAGAUGUGUAUAGAACAACUACAAGCUAUAGAAACCUCAUGCAGAUAUGUUAUUACUUUUAACAAAUUCGCAAAAUAACUUUCCAAUCAAUCACCCUUGAACUUCAACAAGGCAAUAAUUUCCACAAGAGGCACUAUAUUUAAGCAGCCAAAGGGAAAAAAUUUUUAAUGACUAUUUUAGAUCUCUAAAAUGAUGUACAUGUUUCAACAGUAAAGAGACAUGUACCCCAAUUCACCAAAUAUUGAAGGUUUUGUAAUAAUGAUUUUUUAAUUUAAAAAGAAAACUUUGUUUUUUGGGUGUACAUGGACUUAAAUUUUUUAGAAGUCGUUCUCCAUAGUACAUUUUUUAAAUUAUAAUUUUAAAUAAUAUAACCAAAUUGCAACACACGAAUGUUUGCAUUAGUAACAAUUCCAUUAAUUUUAAUAUGCACAUAUGCAUGUACCAAAUAAGUGAGAAGUACUGGAAUGCCCAAAAAAAUAAUAAAAUUUUAUUAGAACAAAAUUAUAGAUAGCUGCUCUUUCAAAGAAUGAGUCUUUAAUUAUUUUUUUUAAAUUGAGCUUUCAAAUUGUAAACCUGUAUUUUUAAAAAUUAUCAAAAUAAAUUAACUUAAUAUAUGCUACCAAUGUAUUUUAAGUUCUUUUCAUUUUCAUGGAACAGGCAAGUUAAACCAAGACAUUUAAGUUUCCUUUCUUUUUAAACACUAAACAAAACAAAACAUACUUCAAUUUAACAUUACUAUUUUAAAUAAAAGCAAAUUAGCCAAAAUGUGUUCCUAAAAAUGUAGAAAAGGUGGAAAAGCAAAUGAAUGUAAAUUAAAGUUUAACAAACAAAAAAAUAAUCUUAAUAUUUUAGAUUUAGUAUCUUGGCUUUUUGUGUUGUUUUAAAAAGAUUUUACUGGUAAAGUUAAUUGAAAUUUUAUUUCAAAGGUAUCAACACUGAAGUUUCAUUUUAUUUGCCAAAAAUAAACUAUUACAUUGCAUUAAGCUACCAAUAUUAUUUUAAAAAAUUUGCCAGCAGUCACGUUAGUAUAAAAAUGCGCAUUUUGUUUUAUUUUUUUCAUAAAUGCACAAGAAAUCCCAAAACGGACAGUGAUGGGGAAAAUAACAAAAACUAGUUCAGUUUGUAAAAUCCUGAUUCUAUGCUAAUAAUAUGAACACAAAGACCUAAUUUUAUCCGAAACAAUUUUAUCUUCUUCAUCUAUUGCUGUUUUUUUUAAUCCUUAAAAAUAGGAUACAAGACAUAUUUAAAAUGUAUAAUUUAAUUAUUUUAAGAAUAUGCUGACAUUCAUUG